CAGGAUUAAUUUGUAUUUGGAAAUCAAGUGCAAUAUUGGAAGCCAUUUCUACUAGUUUUAUUGCAUUUUUAAAUGUAUGAUUUGAUUUGAAUCCUAUCAUGGGAGGAGCUGUGAGUGCUGGGGAAGAUAAUGACGACUUAAUUGAUAACUUGAAAGAAGCACAGUAUAUCCGCACUGAAAGGGUGGAGCAAGCCUUCAGAGCCAUUGACCGCGGGGAUUACUACUUGGAAGGCUACAGAGACAAUGCUUACAAAGAUUUAGCCUGGAAGCAUGGAAACAUUCACUUGUCAGCGCCUUGCAUUUACUCUGAAGUUAUGGAAGCGUUGAAACUUCAACCAGGAUUGUCUUUUCUUAACCUGGGAAGUGGAACCGGAUAUUUAAGUACAAUGGUGGGCUUAAUUUUAGGUCCUUUUGGAGUAAAUCAUGGGAUUGAGCUUCAUUCAGAUGUGGUGGACUAUGCCAAGGAAAAACUGGAGAGCUUCAUCAAAAAUAGCGACAGCUUUGAUAAAUUUGAGUUCUGUGAACCUGCAUUUGUGGUCGGUAAUUGCCUCCAGAUAGCAUCUGACAGUCAUCAGUAUGAUCGAAUUUACUGUGGUGCUGGAGUUCAGAAAGACCAUGAAAACUACAUGAAAAUAUUACUAAAAGUUGGAGGCAUACUAGUUAUGCCCAUAGAGGAUCAGUUAACACAGAUUAUGCGAACUGGACAGAACACUUGGGAAAGUAAAAAUAUUCUUGCUGUUUCAUUUGCUCCACUUGUGCAGCCGAGUAAGAAUGAUAAUGGCAAACCAGACUCUGUGGGACUCCCCCCCUGUGCUGUCAGGAAUCUGCAGGACUUGGCUCGUAUAUACAUCCGUCGCACACUGAGAAACUUCAUAAACGAUGAGAUGCAGGCCAAGGGGAUUCCGCAAAGGGCUCCACCCAAAAGGAAACGAAAGAGGGUUAAGCAGAGAAUCAACACUUACGUAUUUGUGGGCAAUCAGCUUAUUCCUCAGCCUCUAGACAGUGAGGAGGAUGAACGGAUGGAAGAAGAUAACAAAGAAGAGGAAGAGAAAGAUCACAGUGACGCCUUGAAGCCAGAGGAGCCACCUCAGAAUUUACUGAGAGAAAAGAUCAUGAAGCUGCCCCUCCCUGAAUCCUUAAAAGCUUACUUGACAUAUUUUAGAGACAAAUAGCUUAGGGCAGAAAGAAAGAAUGCCUACUGAUAAUUCCUUGAGUCUUGAAAACCUAGCGUUUGUUAGAAGUUGAAGGAGAGAAUUAUUUCUUUCAUCAGAGCAAAUUACAGUGGAAGAGAACAUAACUUGUUUCUCUCAGUAACUGAAAUGAUGUAUGCCGUGAUUAAAAAGAAUCCCUUUUAUAAAAUCUAUUUUUCUUUGAAUCUUAGAAAAAAUGCUGUUUAACUCAGUGAUUUCAAAGUGGAAUGCAGCAAUAGUCAAGACUUUGUGUACUAUAUAAAUCCUUUUCUGGGUCCUUACAGAUUUGUAGUGGUGAGGGGUAGACUUAAUUUUGUAUAAGGUUUGAAUAAUUGUCAAGCAUAUGCAGUCUGAUCGGAAUUGCAGUUGUUUGCAUUUCACCUAUGAAAACUUUGUUGCCAAUAAGGAGAUCAAGUGCUUUGUAGGCCUGUUUACCUUUUGUUGCAAUCACUGUUGCUGAGUUGCUGUAGAUAUAAUUCCGGGCAAUACAUGAGUGCAAUAACAAUACAAGAUACUGAAUAAUUUAGCUUUAAAAAAAAAAACUACAAGUUUUAUAAAAUUUUACAACCCUGCUACUUUUGCUAUUGAAUCUGUUGCCAAAAGACAUGGGUCAAAUAUCUGCUUCUCUCCUAGAGAUUUUAAGAGCACAGCAAGUGAAUAUUAAAGUAGAAAGUAUAUACUUAAUAUACAAUUCUUAGCUUGUAUGGACCCCUUACAUUUUAAGUAUUUAAAAAUAAUGAGGCUGUCUUAACUUUAGAAUUUUAGAAGCCAGUAUAUGUAGGGUUUUUUUUUUUCUGUAGUUCACUGUAUAAAGUAUUUGGUUUAAAAAAACCCAUUGUGCCGUGUGGCUCUUGCUAGGCCAGAGCGCGGGAGGAAGAGCACGAGGGCCAGCCGCUGCCUCGGGGGCCGCGAGUGGCAGGGCCAGGGCAGACCUGGCCGCAGAUGCACUUUAACAGAUGGAACUUUUCGUUUAUCUGAGUAUUUAUCUUUGACAAAGUAGGGCUGAGCUUGCCUGCAUUUGCUUUGGAGCUUUCUAGUAUAAGAGAGAGUCAAAGACAUCGUAUGUAGAUGGAAACCUUUUCUUUGGAAAUCCAGUUCAGAAUCAGUGUAAUCUUUGGGACCUACGCCUUACGCAUUUAACUUCUUCCCUGGUUUUUAUGUUUCUUUUAGUAAAAUUGUAUGGUUUUCAUUUUUUGCUUAAUAUCACAUACUUAAUAAACUAUCCAUCAUUUGAGUUUUGCUGUAGCUUAUUGGUGAUAAAACAGGUAGUCAGUGCCAUUAUUUGCUUGUUUUCUUAGUGAGGCCCGAAAACAGUCAUUCCUUGUUAAGAAAGUGUACAGUGUAACAUGUGUACUGCUUAGUGUUACAUGGGUUAUAUAUUUCUUAAGGGAAAAAUGUGAGAGUAUCACUAAUUACCACCAGCAUCACUAUUACAAUAGUUGUUCAGAUUUGCUAAGGAAGCCCAAUCAAUGUAUACUGAAAAGAUUAUCUCUCUGGUAAGAUUUAGAUAUUGUUUAAAAAAUGUCAACUGCAAUAAUUACACAUAUUUAAAGCCAAGUGUUUGAAAUAGUCUAAGCAUGAAAUUUUCCCAAGUAAUUGAGGAUAUUUUAGUCAUGUAACAAGACAAUUUCAUGGAAGGCAUUUGUUUUAUACACCUGUGGCUGGGAGUGUAAGGGGGGGUUAUCUCUAUAGUUUUUCUUAGAUGAUUACCAAAUGUAAUUAUUAAGAAAUGCUCCCAUUUCAUUUCUAUCUAAGAAUGAAAAAAAUCAGUUUCAUUCUGUUGUCAUCUGUUAGGAAUGUUCAUUUUAUUUUGAGUUAAAUGUUUGCUUUAGAAGUUUAAUCUUGACUUCCUGGUGACCACAUGUUUUUAUCUAGAAAAGCUGGGGGAGAGUUACCAUCUUAUCUGCCUCUCCCUCCUGGUGUUUUGCUGUUGGAACUGGUGUCCUGGUGUAUAAAGAUACAUAUUCUUAAAUGAUGAUUUUAUUAUUUAGGAGAGAGUUUUUGUUUAGGAUAUAUUUGAAGAUUGAACUUUUUCAUAUUACUUUUAAUUUUUUGACCUUGGCAAAGUGUACAGUAGAUUUUCAUGAUGAUUGCAUUUUUUUGUCACUGAAAUAUAUCUUUUGUGUUUUUAAAUGCAUUCAUUUUACAGUUGUGACAUUAUCAUUGAAUUAAAUAAGAGGUAGAAAUAAAAAAGGAAAAUUCAAGUGAAAGCCUUUUUAUCUAUUAAUGCGGAUAUACUAGAAUAAGAAUAUUUUGAGUUUGUUUAUUUUUUAACAAAUUCAUGUUUAUGUGAGUAUGGAAAAUUAUGUUUUAUAGAUGGAGAAGUAGCAAAUAAAGGUGAAGUAAAUGUAAGUGAAAAUGAUGGGGAAUACAGUCAUGGAAUUUUAUAGCCAGAUAAAAUAAUAGGUAUCCUCUAGUGUAGGCGUUUCUUUUGCAGAUGAGAAGUAGGUCUAGAGUGGUGGCAUGUUUUGCCUGAGACAUUCAGCUCUUUCAGAUCGAUCCUGAGACAGCAUCCAGCAUCAGAUAAAACCCAAGAAUCUGUCCACAACACCACAGCUACCCAAAAUGAUAAUUUAAAUCUGUACUGCUCAUUGGUUAAUAUAUGUGGUUCUAGUAUUAAUGAAGAAAAAUGUUAUUAAGAUAGCAUACAUAGUGGUUAAAAUAAAAUACAAAAAGUGUAAGCGUUGAUUUCUGUCUGUUUGGGAAGAUAAAGUGAAACGCAGCCUGUUAAAUCAUUGGAAGACGUGGACAAUUAUUUUAAAUAAAUGAUUACAUGUAAUUAAGCAUCA